AUGAUGGUUCCUUACAGUGUAGCAUUUAAUCAUAAGGAUCAAUUUGGCGCAGCUCAGAGAUGGGAGAAGAUGAGCUGGCUCGUCAUUGACAGCAUGGUCGAUGUUAUCUUCAUUGCUGAUGUCGUUAUUAAUUUCAUGACUUCCAUUGUCUCCAGCAGUGGGGAAGUUAUUAUGGACCCAAAGAUCAUCCGCAUGAACUACGUCUCAAAUUGGUUCUCAUUGGAUUUACUUUCCUGUCUGCCUUACGAUCUCAUUAAUUAUAUCAUCUCGGGCGAGGACGACGAGCCAGGAACUACUGAUGGAGGAAUUACGUCUCUUUUCUCGGCUUUGAAAGUGGCGCGACUUUUGAGAGUGGCAAGAGUUGCUCGAAAACUGGACCAUUUUGCCGAGUACUCAGGAACUGGGCUCCACCCGUUUUUGGAAAAUUAA